AUGUCAUUGUUACUAUUGAAUGAUGGGUCCUGGUUUGAUAUCACCAAUUGCUACGGCACUGGUGCGGGUAUUUUAACGACAUACACCGAAAUUGCCAACGUCGCUGGUCUCCAAGGUUUGAUCAUUUAUUGUUUGUCCGGUUCCCUCCCUAUGUUUUUGUUUGCUUUCCUCGGUCCAGUGAUUAGAAGACAAUGUCCUCACGGGUUUGUGUUGACUGAAUGGUGUUUCCAAAGAUUUGGUCGGAUUACUGGUCUUGCCUUAUCCCUCGCUACCAUUUUGACAUUGUUUUUAUUCAUGAUUGGGGAAUUGGCCGCCGUCUAUUUUGCCAUUGAAACUUUGACCACCAUCAACGGGGUUCCAGCGGUCAUUAUCGAAUGUAUUGUCACCACCAUUUACACUUCUAUUGGAGGUUUCAAAGUCAGUUUUAUCACUGAUAACAUCCAAGCGACUUUUGUCACCUUGUUGUUGGUCAUUGGUACCUGCUCCAUUAGUUCUUAUAUCCGCCUUGACCCAUCCGUCGACAAAGAACCUAUGCUUACCUCCAAUAAGCUCGCAUGGAAAUUGUUGUACAUUCUUCCAGUGGCCAUUGUCACCAAUGAUUGUUUUGUUUCUGGAUUUUGGUUGAGAACUUUUGCUUCCAAAUCCAACAGAGAUUUGCUCAUUGGUACCUCCAUCGCUGCCGUCUUGUUGUUCAUUUAUCCUUUCCUUGUUGGUUUCACCGGGAUCAUUGCUGUUUGGAAUGGCAGUAUGCAACAAGGUGAUGAUAAUGUGACCAAUGCUUUCUUUUACUUGGUUGCCAGUUGUCCUAAGUGGGUUAAUGGGUUGAUUUUGAUUUUCACUUGCUGUCUCAGUACCUGUACCUUUGACUCAUUACAAUCUUCCAUGGUCUCGACCAUUUCCAACGAUAUCUUCCGUAACAAGUUGAAUCUUUUCUACAUUAGAAUCGGGGUGGUGUUGGUGAUGAUUCCUGCAGUAGUUGUCGGGUUGAAAUGUGCUAAUGAUGUCCUUCAAAUUUACUUGAUUGCCGAUUUGAUUUCUGCUUGUAUUAUUCCAAUUCUUUUCUUGGGUCUUAGUUCUAAAUUUUGGUUCUUGACCGGUUGGGAAGUAGUUAUCGGAUCGCUUGGUGGAUUCUUUGCAGUGUUUGUCUUCGGAACCAUUUAUUACGGCUCUGCGGUUGAAGGUGGGAAAUUAUUAAUUGUUUACAACAGUAUUUAUGUUGAUGAUUGGUCGGCCUUUGGUGCGUUUGUCGUGGCUCCUGGCUUCAGUUUAGUGGUUGGGUUCUUGACUUUAGGUAUUAGAUUGACUGUGUUGUACGUGAUGAGUAAAGUCAAGAACGAUGAUUCUAUCUUUAGAAACGCUAUUGAUAGAUCCAAACACCAUUUCGAUUAUCACCCAGAAAUUUCUGCUGUCGACACCGCCGAAGACGACAAUGGUAUUAAGCUUGAUGAUGGUGGAGAUGUCAUUAGUGACAAUAUUAAUGAUGUGGAAGUUCAAAGUGAAACUCUCAAGAAAAAGAAGUUUUUCGCUAGAGACAUUUUUAGCUUUUGA